AUGGUUACCCAAGACACCACAAACCCGUACCGCUUGAAGGUAACGGCAGGGACAGACUACGACCCCAAAACUCAUCAUCAAGUGGUACCUGUAAAUGGCAAGACAGUCCGAAUUGAGAACGAACACGCUAUUGUGAGCCUCUGCGUACGCAUCAAAGAUUACACCGAGCCAGUGAACGGCAACAAUCUGUUCUUUGGCAAUGAUUUUGAUCACCCAAUCCGCGACUUCCUACCUCCAGGAUUCAACGCAGCACUACGGAUAGUCAAGUGGACGCUUGACCCAAGUCUAGAUGGCGAUGUCUACUCUGACGAGCCAUACCUGUACAGCCCGGCAUUGGCAUCAUGGGACCAGUUCCGCAUUGGAGAUAAGAUGCGGAAAACAGACGACGUGCCAGAGCUCCAUGAUGAGAUUAUUGAAGAAGGUUCUUAUAGCGAAGAUGCUGCCAAUGUGCGUCAGCAAUUUAAUAUCCCCGAUACAGUUGAGGGACGCAGAAAGCAUUUCCAGUAUGAGGCGAAUAGGAAGGAGUUCGACUUUGAGCCUGGGAGGAUGUAUGUUGCUGAUUUUGGAAAUCCUUAUUUGGCAUUCAAUGAUUUCUCGGUCCGUCUUCCUGGGUUCACUCUACCUAUCAUGAAGUACAUCGAUGAGAAGAACCAUGAGCUGCGGUAUACGCUCAAGGAUGUUUCAACUGGACGAGUGUAUCUUGCUAUAGUGUUCUCGGUGGUCCUACACGAUCCGGAAGACAAGGAAGAUCAUAGCAAAACUGAGCAACGUGAUGACAGUCUAGGGAAGUUUGACUGGGAGGCGGAACCGUCAUCUGGCGAUGUUGAGUGA